GACGUGCAGACCAAUGAGGUUCCAAAUUCGUGUCUUGCCGACAGCGGUUGACACUCUCCUCGCAUCGUUGUUCUCGUGUGGUCGUCAUUGGAGAAGAAGAUGUCGUCGUCGGAUGUUGAGAUUCACGAGAUUGCUGGGUAUUCCAAUGAUGCAAUCAGCACCUUCUUCCAGAUGUUGAAACAAAAGCAACUGGCCUACGAAAACGCGGACGAACACGAAAACGUCGAGCUUCCGAAAGUGCUUCUGAAUCUCGGUUGCCUCGAUGAGCUUCUUGACGACGAUGACCAGAACUACGUUUCGAUCAUGAAUGGAUUGGAAAGUGUUGCAGAUUCCGGCAUAGUUUGGGGGGUCAGGUUCGAUGGCAGUUUCUUGGACAGUAGCAUCUCUCGUGGCGACCUCGACCGCAUGACGAACACCAUCGCGUCAAUCCCAUCGUUGACGAAGAUCGAGUGGGACGUCGAACGAGAUCACGAGAUUGAACACGAAGACUACAUCGAAAUCGUCACCAACAUGCUCUUGCGUACGAGCAGCCUGGAGACAUUGGAAUGCAAUGGAUUGCGUCUUGCCGAGACUCCAAACGAGAUUGAAAACUUCGCAGACUCCAUUCGAGGAACCACCACGUUGAAGGAGGUAAAGUUCACCGGAGGACUCUUCAACUCCAGUUGCUGGACUAUUCAAAAUGUCGGCCAAGUCCUUGAGUCUCUUGCGGCCUUACCGCAUUUGAAGAAGCUCUCUUUGGUUGGCAUGGUGCUGAAACGACCGUCAUCCAUCGAUUCUCUGUCAUCAACCAAUUCAUCUUUUCUGAAGAUUUUCGAUCACCCAGGCCUCAAAACAUUCCAUCUACCAUCGACGUACUGGGUUGACGACACGAUACUCCACUCUAUCUCUUCUGGCUUGCUGACGAGCCCCGCUAUUUCGGAUUUGUCCCUAGUCACUCCGCUGGGCGCCAACGAGUGCCACUUGUUGAGUGAGAUCAUUCGGUGCAACCACGUUCUCAAUGCACUCCGUUUGUACACGCCAUGCAUUGGGCAAUAUUGUCAUGUGCUUCCAAUCAUUGACGCUCUCGAGGCGAAUACAACUUUGAGGACUCUGUUGAUUGCGACAAUGGAUUUCCAGUCUGGAGUUCCAUUCUUCUACGACAGCGAUACUCACGAAGCUUUUCUCUCGAUGAUUCAACAAAAGAAUUAUGCAUUGGCUGGUCUCAGAUUCCUUUCAUUUGACGUUCAGGCGCCUUCCACACAGAACCACCUCGUGGACCAUGAGAUCAACAAGAAGAUUGCGUUCUAUGCCAAACUGAACCUGGAGGGACGCAAGGAUCUGCUGCGCACUUCAACGGCUUCGAUUGAUUUGCUUGCUGAAUACUUAAUCUCAAACAGUGACGACCUGGACAUUCUCUUUUACUAUCUUUCCAUGGUGCCUGGCCUUCUCUUUGGGUAGAGCGGGAUGGAAUAGUUCCAUCGGUUGUCACAGCACCGACAAGUACGAGAACCCACACACGCACCGAGCAGACGCAACGGGGGUCCAACUCGACGCUGGCGUUACGAAAAGCAAGGUACGGUACACGUAAAUUCCAUAAGUCAAAAGUUGUGGCUACAAGCCUUCAUCUACAGGAA